CAGCAAGGAGGCGCGAGCGCGGCCGGGCGCGGCGGCGCCGCCACAAGUUGCGCUGCUCGCGGCGAGGUAAUUGAAGGCAGAAGAGAGGCCGGAAAAUAAACGCUCAAAAGAAGAAGGGAUCUGCCUGCGUUUGGCUCUGAGCUGGUAGCCGCAGACUGGUCGCUGUUUCUAUGAUUGGAUGCUGGGAAGCCCACUGGUCCCAAGGUCUACACAUGAAGUCACCAUAAAGAGGGUGGCUCGCACUUCAUAACACCUCAUCGCCGCAAGGUGAGGCUAAAAUGAGCAUAACCAGUGACGAGGUGAACUUUCUGGUGUAUCGGUAUCUCCAAGAGUCAGGUUUUUCCCACUCGGCCUUCACGUUCGGGAUCGAGAGCCACAUCAGCCAGUCCAACAUCAAUGGGACGCUAGUGCCCCCGGCUGCCCUCAUCUCCAUCCUGCAGAAGGGGCUGCAGUAUGUGGAAGCCGAGAUCAGCAUCAAUGAGGAUGGCACAGUGUUUGAUGGCCGCCCGAUAGAGUCCCUGUCCCUGAUUGAUGCUGUGAUGCCCGACGUGGUGCAGACACGGCAGCAGGCGUUCCGGGAGAAGCUCGCCCAGCAGCAAGCCAGUGCGGCUGCCACAGCGGCGGCGGCGGCGACGGCAGCAACAGCAACGACGACAGCAGCCACGACAACCCAAGCAACUGUUUCCCAGCAAAAUCCACCAAAGAACGGAGAGGCCACGGUGAACGGGGAGGAGAACGGAGCGCAUGCAAUAAAUAAUCACUCAAAACCAAUGGAAAUAGACGGGGACGUUGAGAUUCCACCCAACAAAGCCACAGUCCUUCGGGGCCAUGAGUCCGAGGUGUUCAUUUGUGCCUGGAACCCUGUCAGCGAUCUGCUGGCUUCUGGAUCCGGUGAUUCCACAGCAAGGAUAUGGAACCUCAAUGAGAACAGCAAUGGGGGCUCCACACAGCUCGUGCUGAGGCACUGCAUCCGGGAAGGGGGCCACGAUGUCCCCAGCAACAAAGACGUCACCUCGCUGGACUGGAACAGCGAUGGAACGCUGUUGGCUACAGGUUCAUACGAUGGUUUUGCAAGAAUAUGGACAGAAGACGGUAACCUGGCCAGCACCUUAGGCCAACACAAAGGCCCCAUCUUUGCCUUGAAAUGGAACAAAAAGGGGAAUUACAUUUUGAGUGCUGGUGUAGACAAAACAACAAUAAUUUGGGACGCUCACACAGGAGAGGCCAAACAACAGUUCCCUUUUCAUUCAGCGCCCGCUCUUGACGUGGACUGGCAGAACAACACUACCUUCGCCUCCUGUAGCACGGACAUGUGCAUUCAUGUCUGCCGGCUCGGCUGCGACCGCCCAGUCAAAACCUUCCAAGGACACACGAACGAGGUCAACGCCAUCAAGUGGGAUCCCUCUGGAAUGCUGCUGGCGUCCUGCUCUGAUGACAUGACAUUGAAGAUCUGGAGCAUGAAGCAGGACACGUGUGUCCAUGAUCUUCAAGCUCACAACAAGGAGAUCUACACCAUCAAGUGGAGCCCCACCGGGCCGGCCACCAGCAACCCCAACUCCAACAUCAUGCUGGCGAGCGCUUCCUUCGACUCCACGGUGCGGCUGUGGGACGUGGAGCGAGGCGUCUGCAUCCACACGCUCACCAAACAUCAGGAGCCUGUGUACAGUGUAGCUUUCAGCCCUGACGGCAAGUACCUGGCCAGCGGCUCCUUCGACAAGUGUGUCCACAUCUGGAACACUCAGAGCGGAAGUCUCGUCCACAGCUACCGAGGCACCGGCGGCAUCUUCGAGGUGUGCUGGAACGCCCGAGGUGACAAAGUGGGUGCCAGCGCGUCUGACGGCUCUGUGUGUGUGUUAGAUCUGCGGAAGUGACCACCAAGUGUCAUAGAAAAAAGUGAAAACGAAGUCUGAAGGACCAGCAGGGAAGGUGUGAGGUUGCAGCGCAGUCAGACACAGUUCCGCCAGCUCCCGGACUGUCCCAACUGACUUGCGUUAGUGUGGACUCUGAAAUUAGCUUAUCCCUGGCCACAGGAGUCUGUAAGUCUGUAUCUUUUUCGUAAUCUUCAUCGAGAAGUUUAAAAAAAAAAAAAAAAAAAAAAAAAAAAAAGCAAACAAAAGUAAAAGCAAACAGUCGUUUCAAAGGAGGAAGGGAAGGCUCCCACCAGCCCAUGUGGCCUGGGGACACGAAGCCACCAGCUGGACGCGCCACUUUGGUUUCCAUCCGCAACAGGCUCUGUGAGGGCUGAACAGAACGGAAGACAAUUUUUUAAAGCUGUGCCAAAAAGAAAGAAGAAAGAAAAAUGCUGUGAUGAACCUACCGAAAGGGGAAGAACACCAGAAAAAAAAUCCCUCGUUGUUGUGGCAUUUUUUUGUUUUGCUUUGUUUCCUCUAACAAUUUGGACACUACAGUUGCUCUCACAGAAGAUGUUCACAGACCAGGUUGUACCGAUGAAAUGCGCAACUCUGUAACCCCACGCUUUCUGUUUUCUAGAUUCUUCUUUGUUGGGUGGUUUUUCUGUCACAGGGGCCUGCGGUCUGAGAUGGAACUGUUUUGGGUUUGUCGCUCCUUCCCUCCAUCGUGCGCCACUCCCGCCGCCGCCUGUCCCCUGUCUGUCUCGAGGUUUGGCUUUCCUGUGCACCCUAGGUAGGCGCAGCCACGGACAGAUGGCAAAGUCUCUGGGGGACAGCGUCCCUGUGCUCCACCCCCCGCCCCACUGCCCACUGCGUGCCCGCCUGCCCGCCCUCUCCCUUUCCCCCUCACAUAGUUGCUUCAGAUCUGAGGUCUCAAGGGCACUUUUGGUGCAUAAUAAGUGCUUUAUGUAAGAAGGCAGGGCUGGGGAACUUUUUACAGGAGAAAACAAAAUGACUUAUAAGAGAAAGAGCCUGGAGUAUUUUUGGAAAAAAAAAAUAUUUUUAUGUUAAAACAAUUUUAAAAUCCCAAAAUGGCCAUCAGACAUAGAGAGCUUUGUGUGAUUCAUAUUUUAAAAAGAAAUUUAAGAAGACACAGGCGGGGUCUGCGGAUCUUUCCCCUCCCCCCUCAGCUUCGUGGAAGGUGGUCUGGAAAGCACUGGGUGGAGGUGGCCCUGGGGGACAGGAUACCCAUGCCCGUGCCCGGCCCGCAGCCAGUUAGGACCAUCUCAGCAGUGUGGGUGGGAAGAGCGGUGUGUGUUUACCCUGGCAGCUGGCAGGGAAGCGGUGACAACAGUGUGCAUGCGACCAUGAGGACGCAGCUCCACCAGCGGAAGGUCUUGGAGAAGCCGUGUGAGCCGACGGCUGGCCGUCCCGCCGUCAGCCUGGCCCCUCCACAGCAGGGCAGGGCGAGUGCUUGCAUGUCCCACGUCAGGGCCCCAGCAUGUCAUGUCACUUGGUCUAAUGAUGACAAAAAUUAACGAGGAAGGAAAAUUUUUCAGUCCCAAAGGUAGAACGUCACUAAAAAUUUCUGCCGUCUUUAUAAUUUCUUUCUCUCUCAAGAGACUAGGAGAAAGAAUUUUUUUUUAAAUCAUCUUUUUACUGUUUUUAAAAGAAAUUAAACAAGGCUUUGUGUUCCUAGAAGAGCUUCCUUUCAUUAGAUCAGGUGAUCUUUGUACUCUUGUUGUCAUAACCUGACACUGACUUAUUUUUUUUUAAUAGCAACCGGGGAAUGGUCCAAAGACGGUCCAGGCUGUCUGUCCCUCGGGCUGUCCUGCGGGCAGAGGAGGCGCUGGGAGGCUGGCCAGGCCGGCGGGGGCUGCUGGAUCGGCAGGCAGUGGCAAGGGUUCGCUCUACGUGUGUUCUAGCAGCAAAACAGGGAGGCAACGGAGGGUGGCAUCCAUCCACAGAGCUGAAAACCAGCUGUCAGGGAAGGGCUUCUUGCGGGACUAGGAGUGUGCCGGGACCAGCUACCAAAGCCAGGGUGCGUUAAUCAUUCUCACAUAGUCCACUGGCCUCCACCUGGGCAUGUGAAUUCUUCUAGCCCCAAAAGACCAAAAAGCUGCUCUGUUUCCAAGAUGAGUAUUUUAUUCAGGCUGUUUCCCAAACACUUAGCAACGAUGGCCAAAGUCACAUGGUGUCACCGUGCCCAUCUUUGAGGAUAGCAGGCCUCCCCAGAGGAGUUGACAACUUCCUGCCCUGAGAACUCAGUAAGUUUUGGGGGUGCAAUAUAUGGGGUCCCAGGUGAACACCGUCUUUACCCCUCCCCAAGUAAAAGUGCAUUCAUCUCUUCUGAGUGUCAGCUCUCAGAGGCCAGCCCAUUUUGGGGACACGGCUUGUGUGUCACAAACCAGGACACUGCAGGAUGGUGUUGGUCCAAUGCACCGUGACGGGUUCACUAGACAAUCUGCGCAUGAGUGUUGGUCGCCAGGGUCUCGCCAGAGUGUUGGCUUUAGCGUUUGCAAUGUGACCACGUCGUAACUGUCAGGUUGGCGCCUGGGGCUGCAAGACCUUGGACCCUGGGCUCAAUCCCUGUGCCCAGGAGGAGCCCCCAGAAAGACAAAGGGAGACGGUCUGCCCCUGCCCUCCCACCUGCCACCAGGACGCAAGGGGGGCCAAGGGAGAACGCAGCCAUUGCCCCUGAAAGCCACCCACACUUGGCAAAGCCGAUCCUGGAGCGUCCGGCGUCUGCACGCCCGCCUCCUCCCUCACAGCUGCCAGAAGUCAGCUGACUCGUCUUUGUCACCACAGGGGUGGCCUGUUUGAAAUGCUUUUGUUCAACGAUCACCUUAAAAAAUGGCGAGCAGAGCUUGAGUGUUGGUGACCAAACUUGACCUUGGAAGCAGGCGUGACGCGGCGGUCCCUGUGGAGUCUCCGGCAGGGUCUGAAGUGGCCACGCACACCUGGGAACGGGACGCUGCCCCCGGGACCAAACAGGCCGGGCGUGGCGGGGCUCGACCCUCUGACCCCACGGCCCCCCCCCCCAUGACUGGACUUUGUUUUGUCUUUCUAAAACUAGAUCUUGGAGCCAAGUGAAGUGCACUUUGUCAAAUGUUAGGGUCUGCUUCGUUCCUAGUUACUUUUCUGUUUUAACCUUUUGUCCCACCUUUUUUUUUUAAAUUGUGUUUCUUGUGUGAUGCAGAAAUGUUCCUUCCGCCACUUGCUGAAGUUGUGAAUUCUGGCUUCUGCGGUUUUUAUUGUCUGUGUCAGACGUACAGCCAGACGUGCUCUCUGUCAGCGUUCCCAGAUUCUGCUCAAACGACAUCGGCUUUGUUCCGUUCUCCUCUCCACUCGUGCUCACCCUCACGCUCUUUGGGAAAAAAAUCACCGUGUGUGUCGUAGCUCAUUUGUUUCGAGAGAAUCAACAGAUCAUAUUCAGUGUCUUGAAUAAAUUGCUCUAUUUUGAUAUUAGA